AUCGUAUCAUUGAUAUGCUUUGCAACGCGGUGACGGCACCGAAUGCCAGCGCCGUUGACUGGGCAACCCAAGGCUCGUGCUUUCAAUCGCAGUUUCUGUCCUUCUCGUUGGGCCACUCGUGCGUCUGGCUCGUCUCUGGCGAUGCAAUCAACAGCGGCAGCGUCGAUGCGUCGGCCAUGACUGUCUACUUUGUAUACAACGAAUCUCGGUUUGCAGUGUGGGUUUGGCUCAAAUUUGGCUACCGGAUCCUCGUGACACUCUUUGUCUGGUAUCGGCUCUGGACGCAGUACUACAAGCACGUCAUUGACCUCGAGCGCUGCUUACGGGUGCGAGGGCAUCGCGAGAUGCUGCCGUAUCCUGCCUCGUGGUCGUAUGAACUCGUGCUUGGCGAUCCCACUGCGAUCGUUCUCAUGGACCCGUGGAUCUGGUUUGCCUUUUGGGGCCUCUGCGUUGCCUCGCACGGUCUCAAGCGCUGGCACAAGGAGCAUCUUUUUGUAACCAUUGAUCCGACACUGCUCUCGCUUGCAGUCAUGGUUUAUGGUCCACUUUUGACAUGGACGAGUGCGCACCUUCCGUCGUUCACGCGAUUCUACCAAUGGACGCUCACGUUUGGCAUCCCCCGCGUCGCCCUCAACGAAGCCAUCGAGGCAACGCUGGCUUGCAUCGUAUAUGUCGGAAGCAUUGCGAGCCUUCCGCUUCUUUAUGGCUUGGUGACACCCGUGCUACGUCGAGUCGCACCACAGUGUUUCAAGAGCGUCCACGCGCCGCGCGACUACGCUAGCUUCCGCUACAACCAUAUCAAGAACCGAAUUCUUCUGAGCAUUUUCCAACGUCGCCAGCCGCGCGACAAGGCCAUUGGCGGCACGGUGCAUGCUGUCAUGGACAAGCAUCCGCGCCUUCGACGUACGCCGACCAUCAGUACGCGUGCGACCGACUGCUUUGUGACGUGCUACUGCGACGGUCAGCCCCAAGAGCAGUUGCGCGUGAGCUUGCUCUGUGAUCUCGACAUGCGAAACGACGACAACGACAUGGUGAUUCAUCCAAGCGACGUGCAGUCUGAAUUUGUCGUUCAUAUUCUGCGCGAGGCACCGCUUGCUAUGCAACAGGUGAUCGGCCCCGGACCCGCCGUGACGACGAGCUACCCGUAUGUGCUGCACCGAGCAAGGACGCCAUCGAGCUGGUGCCUCUAAUCCGCGUUCACACAUGACGACCAGGAACACCAUUGCCCGAUAAAUCUUUUGAGUACCGAAAAGAAGGUGGUGAGAUCGCUUCG